AUGGCGAUUGUGGGGAGCAUUUACAUCGAUAUUCUGAUAUUUGCGACGACCUUUUUGGUCGUCGCUUACCACUAUUUCACGUGGAAUUUUGACUUUUGGAAGAAACGAAAUAUACCUUACGUAGAACCGCAUCUGUUCUUCGGGAACUUUCAGGAGGUCGCGCUCCAGCAAACAACGAUCGGUCAUUUCCUCGCAGAUCUUUACAACAAAAUGAAGACGGACUACUUUGGUGUUUGGGUCUUCGGCACUCCGCAUUUGAUCGUAAGAAGUCCGGAGGUGAUAAAGAACAUUCUGGUUAAGGAUUUCAAUUACUUCAGUGACAGGACAAUAACUUCAGAUACAGACGCCGAUCCGAUAGCAUCGAAGACGCUGUUCUUUUCGAAGAACCCUUUCUGGAAAACGCUGCGAAGCAAGCUGAGUCCAAUUUUCACUUCGGGCAAAAUAAAGACCAUGAUUCCACUGAUGAACGAUGCUGCUGCAGAUCUGAAGGAGUAUUUGCAGAAACGUACAUCGCAAACUGUCGAUAUGAAAGAGGUUUGCGCCAAAUUCACAACGGAUGUGGUUACUUCUUGCGCUUUCGGUCUUCAAGGCCAAUGCUUCCAACACGAGGAAUCUCCAUUCCGUGAUGUGGGAAGAAAAAUGUUCAACUAUAAUAUGAUCAACGCGUUCAGAGCUACUUCGUACUUUUUCGCUCCAGGAUUAGUAAAGUUUCUGAAGUUCACAUUCUUCGAUCCGUCCAUCUAUACGUUCUGCACCAAAACGUUCUUGGAGACAAUCAAAAUGAGGGAAAAGAGUGGAAUCAAACGCAACGAUCUAAUAGAUAUGAUUAUCGAAAUGAAAAAGCUGGACUCAAUCCAAGGGACAAAAUUGGACGACGACGUUAUAGUGGGUCAACCGAUGCAAUUCUUCGCAGCAGGUUUCGAAACGACAAGUUCCACAAUUUCGUUCACUUUAUACGAAAUGUGUCUAAACCAAGAGCUUCAGUUGAAGCUCAGAAGAGAAAUUAAUAAAGCUUUAGACGAGUACAACGGUUUCACUUACGAAGCCCUUAAGCACAUGGAAUUAUUAGAUAAAUGCAUCAAAGAAACUUUAAGGAAAUAUCCAGUAUUACCUUUCCUAGAUCGUAGAUGCGUUAAGGAUUAUAAGAUGCCGAAUUCUGAUCUGUUUAUCGAGAAAGGAACGCCGAUUUACAUUCCGAUGUUCGGUUUGCAUUACGAUCCCGUUUACUUCCCGAAUCCCGACAAAUAUGAUCCCGAGAGAUUCUCUUCGGAAAAUACGAACAGCAGACCGCAAUACGCCUACAUUCCAUUCGGCGAAGGACCUCACAAUUGCAUUGGAGAGCGAUUUGGCUUGAUCGGUUCUAAAUUGGGAAUAGCUCAUAUUCUGAGCAACUUUUACGUGGAAGCCAACGAAGAGACACCAGUUCCCAUCAUUUACGACUCGAAGAGCUUCGUUCUUCAAUCCACCGUCGGUUUACCAAUGAAAGUUGUUCCUUACAACAGACGUAUGUCUGCCGCUGCUUAAGAUCAUUUCUAUGAAAUGAUAAAGACCACCCAAGCAAUUACAACA